AUGGGGACUUCCGUAGCUGUUUGCUUCGCAGUCCUUUUCCUCAGCUACCUGGACAUUCAAUUACACGCCUCGCUGCGCGUUCUUCCCGCCCUACAUCUUCGUUUCAUUGACGACGGUCUAAUUAUGUGGGAAGGGACGCGGGAGGAGUUUGAGUUUUUUCGGAAACGAGGGCAGCAGGGCGCGCGAGGCGCACAGGGCUGCAGGGCGCGCGGGGCGCACAGGGCGGCAGGGCAGCAGGGCGCACAGGGCUGCAGGGCAGCAGGGCGCGCGGGGCAAACAGGGCAGCAGGGCGCACAGGGCUGCAGGGCAGCAGGGCGCGCGGGGCGCGCAGGGCUGCAGGGCGCGCGGGGCGCACAGGGCUGCAGGGCGCGCAGGGCGCACAGGACAGCAGGGCAGCAGGGCACACAGUGCUGCAGGGCAGCAGGGCGCGCGGGGCGCGCAGGGCUGCAGUGCGCGCAGGGCGCGCAGGGCAGCAGGACAGCAGGGCGCGCAGGGCUGCAGGGCGCGCGGGGCGCACAGGGCAGCAGGGCAGCAGGGCGCGCGGGGCGCAGCAGGGCUGCAGGGCGCGCGGGGCGCGCAGGGCAGCAGGGCGCGCGGGGCGCAGCAGGGCUGCAGGGCGCGCGGGGCGCGCAGGGCAGCAGGGCGCGCGGGGUGCAGCAGGGCUGCAGGGCGCGCGGGGCGCGCAGGGCAGCAGCAAGGGCUGUAGCGGCAACAGCAAGGGCUGUAGCGGCAGCAGCAGGGCAGCAGGGCGCGCGGGGCGCGCAGGGCUGCAGGGCGCGCAUGGCGCGCAGGGCAGCAGGACAGCAGGGCGAGAGGGGCAAACAGGGCAGCAGGGCGCACAGGGCUGCAGGGCAGCAGGGUGCGCUGGGCGCGCAGGGCAGCAGGACAGCAGGGCGCGCAGGGCGCGCAGGGCUGCAGAUCCCCUCCACCCCACUGCUGCACUCGCAGCAGGGGGAUGGAGGAGAAAUCCCCUCCUGCCUCCCCCUGAACCUCCAAGCUCCCCCCCUUCCCAACACAGGGGUGCGGUAG